GUGACGUGUGUGAAUCAAGAUGGCGACGAUUCGGUUUUUGACCGAGAGAAUUUUGUUGCAGACACGAUGUCAAGGACCAGGAUCUCUCAUUUGCUCGAGACUUUCUACCAUCGCUAUUGAUAACUUGAAAGCAGUUGAUGUGAACAGUAGCGAAAGAACGGAGUCGAAACCCAAGAAACGAAAAGGAAUUCACAUUCAUAACAUCCACGCACCACCAGAUCGCAUCCCCUCGUGUUCUGAAGAGAUGAAGACCAACCUGAUGGAUUUUUUGGAGCGUAAAGACAUGUAUCUUCGCAGCAGGCAACUAAACAUUGCGGAUUUCUGUGCUGGCAGCCUGAUGGCCGUGACAAGAGCAGAUCCUCACUCACGUUCAGGAGAGUCACGAUUUGUAGGAAUCUGUAUUGCGAGGCGUAACAAGCGACUCGGUUCGACGUUUGUCUUGCGGAAUGUCAUAGCUGGAGAGGGAGUAGAGCGAACCUUCGAUCUGUAUUCUCCUCUAAUUAAGUCGAUAGAAGUUCUCAAGCUAGAACGUCGAAACAGAGCAAAACUGUACUAUCUCAGAGACAAACCAAUGAAACAGAGCUUGGUGAAAGAGCAAACGAAAGCAAUACCAGUUAACGACUCAGACGCACUACCACCUCGAUACAGGAAGCGAAGAAAAUAA